AAAACUUAUUUACAUAAGUAUGACUAUUCAUUACUACAACGUAGUGUUGUAGUAACUUACGUUCAAAACAUGAACAUGAAUUACUAUGAUUUCAUUAAUACUCUAGUUCUAGUCAUAUUUUUAUAAACCAUCUUUAUUUUGGUCAUAUUUAUGUAAUUAUUUCUAAAAACAACAUCCUUCAACACUUCCGUUACUAACACCAGGGACGGACCUACCCUUGGGGUAGAGGGCCAUGGUCCUUCCUAACUUUUCAAUUGUUUAAAUAGUAUUUAUUAGUUAAUUUGUUGGAGUAAUUCAAUGUUAAUAUAUUAUAUUUAAGAAUCUGUAAACCUUAAAAAAAAUCUCUGUUGGGAUAUAUUAUCCCGACCUAUUACUGUUCAGGAGCCCAAGACAUUAUCCAGUACGGAGCCCGAGCAGCUAGGCUCAUUUCAUCCCAUUAGGCCCAAUAUUGGCCCGUUUGGCCCAUUAGGGUGGAGAGCACCCUUCCCCCUUUGUGUAUAAAUAGGGAGCUUAGCCUCCAUGUAAAGGAUCCCUUUUUAGCUCUCCUUCCUCCUUUCUUUUAGACUUAGCUCAAAUACCCCAUGAAUGGGAGCUUGUACAAUGUAAUGGUGAGGAGAGUCCUAAUGAGAAUUGAGAGGGCUUGGACAUUAGCCUAAAAAGUCCCGUGGUUUUCUCCCUUUCGGGUUUCCACGUAAAAACUGAGUUGUUCAUACACAUUUAUACAUAUAUAUUUACUAUAUCGUUUUGGAUUAAACUCAACACUGGCGCCGUCUGUGGGAAUCUGUCCAAAAAGAUUCAUAUGUUCUACCCAAAUUUCAUACGCAAAACAACUGAUUUUCGACUCGGAAGAGGAGGAAAAAUGGAUCUGAAGCCGACAGAUGCAAAAUAUAUUUCCAGAACACUUUUCUAUGGGAAUUAAAGCAAAGGCUUUUAAGUGAUGUCAAAUCACAACUAAUCCACUGUAACGUGUGGUGGUGUGCAAGGUGUAGAGGGCCACAUCACGUGUGGGCCAACAGCCAUACCAUCAAAGAACUUACGGAGUAUUCCAUACAUGUUAAUACGACGUGCGGGAAAAGGGAAGAGAUUGCAUGGAUAGGGCACCCAUCCGACCUGCUGUUGGCACAAAAGGAGAAGUCCUGCGGGCAUCCAAAACGCCAACUAAGGACCCGUUCGUCCUGGAGUGUACUGCUGAAGCUCGUUCGGGCAGGCCGAGUGGGAGUGAUGCUAGGUCCCGAUCUAAGUCUGUCAGCCGUUAAAUGGAUUGCAACUCCGGCCGAGUGGGAGUUGCUGAAGCUCGUUCGGCUCACUGUCCGCGGCACGCUCUGGAUACUCCGGAAUAAGGGCCGCUCGUCCGACUUUCCCAAAUACUCAGGCUGUUGCAGACCACUCAGGAAAUUCCGAUCACACCAAAACGAAGAUCACCGGCCGGACUGAGUUCCAUUCCAUCAAUUACAGCCUCUCUUGUUGGUGAUGAGAUCACCACUCUGCUCUUGGACCAGCCUCGGCUCAUACACACGUCAGGGUUGGCUGGACGCAGGCUCUCACCGCCGCUCGGCCUCCAGGGCAGUUCCAGGUGCGCAAUUUCAAGGAGGCUGGGCAAUGGGGGGACCACCUCGACUCCUCCUGGACACGGCUCUAACUGGCCGGAUUGCCGUCCGGGUUUGUGAGAAGAUGAACGGAAUAAGCCUCGGCGCAAACGACAGGCCACCGCAGAGGCAUCUCAAUUGCACGAAGCACGAUCCUUUUGCUGCCGCGGGGAAAGGAAAGGCACAGCUGAUUAAUUUACUCGCAGCUCGUCCGAAGCCAAACCCACACCAAAAUGUCCCAGAGUGAGACCAAGCCGUUGGUAGUUUAUAUGAUCCUAAGCAGACCACUUGGCAAGAUUGAGCCAAAUAACGGAAGCCCAAUUUCCUUAGGGAAAUUUUGACUAAGUCAAAAUCGGGAAAGAGAGCUCAAUCUCAUUUCACCUAAAUACUAGCUGGCCGAACGUCUCCAUCAUUCUAAAAGUUAAGUGCUUACUUUUGAGUUGGUACAUUUAAUUGUGAAUAGUUUAAAUCGCUAUCAUUGCUAGCAUUUUCACUACAAUUAUUUAGGGAUUAAAAUGUCCCGAAAUAAAUAAUGCCUAGUGAAGCUCAGGGAUGCGCAUCCACCAUCAUUUUAAUUUAAUAAUUAGAGGCUGGGUGACGGGCCAAGCCGAGGGUCAUUGUACCCCGAGGCCGACCAUCACGCCCGGAAGAGCCCCAAGCCGACACACACAAAAAAAAAAUGUGCACAUAUACAUAUUGUCUGGCCAUUUGGCCGCGUUACUAUGUUGAUUGUGCAGAUAAAGAUCAUAAUCAGAUAAGAGAUGAUGCUCAAAAUGAACCUUGGAGCCAAGGGCUUGGGGACGAACAUCUCCAUCCCAGAGGCCGAGUGUCUAAAGAAGACCACCAAAGGCCAAGGGCUCGGAGACGAGCAUCUUCCACCCCAAGAGCCAAGGGCUUGGGGACGAACAUCUCCAUCCCAGAGGCCGAGUGUCUAAAGAAGACCACCAAAGGCCAAGGGCUCGGAGACGAGCAUCUUCCACCCCAAGAGCCAAGGGCCGUGGACGAUCAUCUCCUCCUCAGAGGCCGAACGUCUAAAGAAGACCAUCAAGAGCCAAAGCCCGAGGACGAACAUCCAUCACCCGGAGGCCAAAGCCCGGGGACGAACAUCCAUCACCCGGGAGCCAAGGGCUUGGGGACGAACAUCUCCAUCCCAGAGGCCGAGUGUCUAAAGAAGACCACCAAAGGCCAAGGGCUCGGAGACGAGCAUCUUCCACCCCAAGAGCCAAGGGCCGUGGACGAGCAUCUUUCACCCCGGAUGCCGAGGGCCCGAAGACGAUCAUCUAUCGCCCAGAGGCCAAAGCCCGGGGACGAACAUCCAUCACCCGGAGGCCAAAGCCCGGGGACGAACAUCCAUCACCCGGAGGCCAAAGCCCGGGGACGAACAUCCAUCACCCGGAGGCCAAAGCCCGGGGACGAACAUCCAUCACCCGGAGGCCAAAGCCCGGGGACGAUCAUCCAUCAUUCAGAGGUCGAGGGCCUAGAGGAGACCAUCACGGCCGAGGGCCGUGAGACCAUCCUGAUUUCGGGUCGGCCUCUCAUUGCCGACACCAUUAUAUCACGACCGGCCUCUCGGCUCGGCGUGCUUUCCAUAUUUGAAGAUCGGUUUCAUCCUCGCUCCUCGUGGAUGACGGCCGUUGCUUGUUUUUCUCAGAUCGGCCUCUCAUUGUCGAUGUUAUCAUAUCAUGUUAUGUUCGGCCUCUCGGCACGACAUUUUUAUCUUUUGAAGACCGGUUUCAUCCCCGCGCUGCGCGGAUGAGGGCCGUUGCUCAGAUAUAUCGGCCUGAUCUCAACACCGUUGUCAUCUCCUUAUCAAGACCGACUGCUCAGCGACAUUAUGAUCAUUAUCGGCUCCCAAUGCCGACCUUCUUGAAUUGGCGAUCGGACUCACCCCUCCCCUCCAGGAGGGUGAUCAUCACCUUCACAUGACGCCCAGCUUUGCCAUCGCCUCGUCAUUUUAUUCGUUUUGGUAUCCCACCACCAUUAUGUGUGACAUCACUUGUGGUCAUUCUUGGAAACCGACGAACGUAUUUUCCUCCCUCAAAAAAAAAAAGAGAUAGAGAGAAAAGAUGGGGAGAAGGGGAGAGAGAAGCUCCUAUGAGAGAGGGAGUCUUGACGAGGUAUGCCUGAUCUUCCUUCGCCGCGUAUGACGAACGUCUCCCGACGCGGAGGUUAGUAGGAACGUGGGGGAGGCUAGACGUACCAAAGGGAACCUCGGUAGGAUAAACCAGUUCCUCCCAUUUCCUGUGGAUCGAUGAACACCUUCUGCCAAAGCAGAAGGCUAGUAGGGCCACGGGCGUGGGACGACGAAGCAGGGAAUCCCGACGUGGAUAAACCAGUGACCUCCUUGCGAUCGUUGGAUGACCGAACGUCUUCUUCGAAGUAAGAAGAUUAGUAGGACCACGACAGGGACGAACGAAGAAUAGGGAAUCCCGACGUGGAUAAACCUGAUCCUCCUUGCGAUCGUUGGAUGACCGAACGUCUUCUUCGAAGUAAGAAGAUUAGUAGGACCACGACAGGGACGAACGAAGAAUAGGGAAACCCGACGUGGGUAAACCUGUUUCUUCUCAUAGUUGGGAUGACGAACGUCUCCUGCGAAAUCAGGAGACCAGUACUCACGAGACUUGGGAAGAACGAAGAACCAGUUCUUUACCGGAGUCUGUUGCGUGCCGAGUGUACACCGCUUAGCGGUCCGUACAUAGGACCACGGAUACGGUAGACGAACGAAGACCAGCUCCAUGGAUCAGACACGAAGGACCAGUUCUCCACCGGAGUCUGUUGCGUACCGAGUGUACACCGCUUAGCGGUCCGUACAUAGGACCACGGAUACGGUAGAUGAACGAAGAUUGGCUCCUCAGAUCAGGUAGGAGGGACAUCGCCCAGAUGUAUAUCAGACUCACCGUGCCUUCCCGGAUGGAGUCCUGACAGACGAUCGGCUUCUCACAGCCAAUCAGGAGAGAGACUUGACACAUCACCAGCACAGCCGAGGGCCGUGAGACGAUUACCACUCACUGACGGGCCGAGGGCCAUGAGAUGAUCAUCACUAUUUUCCUGUAUCACGAUCGGCCCCUCAGUGCCAUCGUGUCCAGAUUCACGGUUCGGCUCGUCCAUCCCUCCACGAUGGCGACGACCGUCUUAUGCAGUACGAUCGGCCCCUCAGCGCCAUCGUACCCAGUUCACGUUCAGCUCGUCCAUCCCUUCCAGGGUGGCGACGAACGUCUUACGCAUCACGAUCGGCCCCUCAGCGCCAUCGUGUCCGGACUCACGGUUCGGCUCGCCCAUUCCCUUCAGGAUGGCGACGACCGUCUUAUGCAGUACGAUCGGCCCCUCAGCGCCAUCGUACCCAGCUCACGUUCAGCUCGUCCAUCCCUUCCAGGGUGGCGACGAACGUCUUAUGCAUCACGAUCGGCCCCUCAGCGCCAUCGUGUCCAGAUUCACGGUUCGGCUCGCCCAUUCCCUCCAGGAUGGCGACAACCGUCUUAUGCAGUACGAUCGGCCCCUCAGCGCCAUCGCACCCAGCUCACGUUCAGCUCGUCCAUCCCUUCCAGGGUGGCGACGAACGUCUUAUGCAGCACGAUCAGCGCCUCUGUGCCAUCGUGUCUGGCUCAUGUUCGGCUCGCCCAUCCCUUCCAUGAUGGCGACGAACAUCUCUUAUGCAGCACAAUCGGCCCCUCCGUGCCAUUGUGUCAAGUUAUCUCCGGAUCGCCCAUUCCUUCUAGGAUGGCGAUGACCGUCUUAUGCAGCACGUCUGCCUCCCGGCGCUGACAUGCCCGGUUUAUCGAUGAGAGCCACCGCUUUCUAUCACAUCUCACAUUCCUUCUCUCAUACAUUGUACCCAUACAUUACAUGCAUUCAUGCAUUCAUGCAUCAUACCUCAUACAUUCAUACAUACACACGUGCAUCAUGUUUUGACAGUACCGCGACGUCGGUUUAUAGAUGCAUGGACCUCUAAGCUUCUCCGAUUGGAAAGCUCGAGUCAGAGUCCUUUACUCCCGCCUGAUGCAUUCAGGGGGAGUGUGCCCGUGGAGGAGCACCCUUCGCUCGACCCCGUCGGGAAGGGGGGUGCCUCACCGGCAGAUUACGUUCAGGAGUGUGGACAUCCACUCAUAUAUUAUGAUUAUUCGGAGACACAGGUUCCAGCUAGACAGAGGAAGAGCGCAAGCAAGAGUAUACUUUCUCGAGCAGAUUCGCACGCUCACUACUCAAGAAACUGGGGGACUUGUGUUGGGAUAUAUUAUCCCGACCUAUUACUGUUCAGGAGCCCAAGACAUUAUCCAGUACGGAGCCCGAGCAGCUAGGCCCAUUUCAGCCCAUUAGGCCCAAUAUUGGCCCGUUUGGCCCAUUAGGGUGGAGAGCACCCUUCCCCCUUUGUCUAUAAAUAGGGAGCUUAGCCUCCAUGUAAAGGAUCCCUUUUUAGCUCUCCUUCCUCCUUUCUUUUAGACUUAGCUCAAAUACCCCAUGAAUGGGAGCUUGUACAAUGUAAUGGUGAGGAGAGUCCUAAUGAGAAUUGAGAGGGCUUGGACAUUAGCCUAAAAAGUCCCG